CACAGCAGGUAAAGAUCAAAAGGCAUGUAAUCUCACGUCGUAGGAAUUUCUCAAAAGUAUUACGUGAGACGUAACAAUAACAAAAUGUAAUGUUCGUUGUAAACAAAAACAUAUACAUUGUACUUCUUUUUAUCUCGAUCUCGCAAAUGAAAAUUCUAAUCGAGAUUUAUUCUUCACAAUCGAUAGAUUUGUUGCGACCUCUAUGAGUGAAGAAUUUUAUUCCACACUUUCCUUACUAUGUAAAAUUAAAAGGAUGUGUAGUAUCGAACAAUAUUUAUAAUUAUUUUGUAAACAGAAGUUCUUAAUAUUCGGUGUUCAUCUAUAAAUAAUACCGAAUAAUAUCGUACUGUAAAAUAUAUGUUUAAUAAAGUUGUUUGAAGCCAAUAUAUAUAUAUAUAUAUAAUUAUGUCAAAUUUACGUGUAUUUGUUACAAAAACAAUUAAUUUAUUAAAUUUACGCAACAAUCAAAGACAUUACAGUGUAUUUCCACUUCAUUAUAUUAAACCAAUAUAUAAUAAGGAAGAACAACAAAAUUUACGUAUAUCAAAUGAAAUAAAAGAAAUUGUUCAUAAAUCUAUUAAACCAGCAAUAACUACUGAUACAUGUUCAGUAUUUUAUAAUGAUAUUAUAAAUCGAUUUACAAAUUAUAUUAUGAGAAAAGGAAAUAAACAAUUAGCUAGAUCAUUACUGCAAGAAACUUUUGAAACUAUUAAAAUAACACAACUAAAGCAUUAUCAUCAGGCUGAUCCUAGUCAAAAAAGUAAUAUUGAAUUAGAUCCAAAAGUAAUUUUCAUUAAGGCUAUUCAGAAUGUUACACCAAUUUUAGAAUUAAAGAAUCAUAAAAAAGGUGGUAUAAAUUAUAAGAUUCCUGUAGCAAUAACUGAAAAUAGAGCUAAAUUUGUAGCAAUGAACUGGUUAAUACAAGCAGCAAAAAAUAAAGAAAGAUCUAAACAUUUUCCUCAACAAUUAGCAAAAGAGCUUAUAGAUGCUUUUUACAAACGGGGUCGUGUUAUUAUGAAAAAGCAUGAUUUACAUAAGGAAUGUGAUGCGAAUCGUGCUUACGCUCAUUUUAGAUGGUUAAAAGGAUAAGAAAAAUAAAAUAUUUUGUUUAACCAGAUAUAUUUAGAUAUCUUAAUAUGUACAUCAAUCAUUAAAUUUAAGAUUUAAAUAUAUAGAUAUUAUUCAUAAUCACC